AUGGAAUGGGGAUGUCCAGUUUGGCUGGAGAAUGUUGGACCAAAUGGUGAAACACGACAAGAACAACGUAUACAAUAUCGAUUAGAUAAUAUUCAUGCUGGAUAUUUAUCAGUUAUUGCUUACAAUCAGUUUUGGUAUAAUGAAUAUAUUAAUAAUCAAGCUGAACAACUUAAUCAACGGGAUCUACAACUUAAUCAACAAUCUCUAAUGCUUAAUAAUGAACAAAUCGAUGCCGUUCGUUGUAUUAUCAAUAAAAUAUUAGAUCAAGUUGAAAAUAUAUAA